AUGGACCUCAAUCACUGGGACCGGCCAUUCGCCCACGAAGAUCCUCAUCUUCGAGACGACAGCUCGCCUCUACGUCUCAUGAAUCCAGAUCCUACGCCCACGCCUCCUGUCGUCUUCAGAUCCUCUGCGACUUCCGUAUCUCCUGAUACAACCCUCAACAGCCCCCACGGCUUCCUCCAAAGACAACGCUCUGCACUAACUGCAGCUCUUCUGUCCAUUAAACGAUCCUUCUCGAGUCAAGACGUGGUACCCAGACACGCGAGCGAUGGAUCUCAUCUACACCUCUCAGCGCACCCUUCAGCACAUCCUUCACCCCUCCAUAUCCAGGACAAAAACACAAACAAACUUACCAUGCCCUCGGAAGCCAUUCUCGCAGGCGUCUCUGCUUCCCGUCCGAUAUCCUCCCAAUCAGCCAUGUCGAAUAACACUAUCAUCCGUCAUCAAGUUCCUGAAGAUCCGUUCAUCACUCAUACUUCUGCGUCGCCAGACUCACCGCUGCCGAAAUGUCUACAGCCCGGAGAUGGCAUCGCUCGCCGGGACUUCCUUGCGCCUCCACCGCUGCGGACACGCAUACCUAUGCAGUCGACGCCUACGCAUCCUCAGCAUGGCACUGUGAGCCCAUUGACCAGGAGCAAUAGCGAUUGCAGCACUAGAUCCGAAGGCCUAUCGCCUACAAGGAGUGAGAUAUCUAGCAUGAGUGUACAUAGUGGACCUUUUGACCUCGCAACUGCUAGUGUUGUUGAUGGGGAGAGUGGGAGAGCAACGCCUGGUGUCAGGGGUCAGAGGGAGCAAACGCCCAACUGGGAGGUUCAUGUGCAUCCUGGUACUUGA